UGACAGAUGUCAUUCGACCACAAAUCGCAAGUUCCAAUAAUAACAUCAAAGUGCCGGUUUUUGUUGAAAAAUAACGAAGCGCCUUUUUUAAUAGUUAAAAUAUGGCUGAACAAAUAGAAACUAUAUCGGAUAUUACGCCUGUAUGCAGUAACAUCAAUCCAACGGAAUUCGAUGUUACUACGAGCGCCCUGUUGAUUGGUGUUGGGGCUGAAAAAUAUAUUGACAUUUUUAGAAAACACAACAUAGGUCAAUGCACACUGCUGGAGUUAAGAGAUGAAGAUCUAAUCAAGUUAGGAAUCAAUGAUGCGGAGAUAAGACACAAAAUACUAGUAGCAGUACAAAAUUUGCCCAUUUUCGAAGAAUCUAAUCAACAAAUCUCUAAGCGAGACCAAAAUUUAGGCGCACUGGAAAUAGCAGACAUCUUAGAAGAAACUUCUCAACAUCUAUACAGAAUCUACCUGAGUAUGCUAGCAAACACAUUAGCCAUUAAGAAAACCAAGAACAUAACAGAUUGCUUGGUUCACAGAGACAAGUAUGCUUCAGACAUAGCAUUAACAACUAUCAGUGAAAUCACAAAUAUCCUUAAUUCCAUGGAUAUUACAUUGCAUACUGAGAUGAAGGGGCUUACACAAGAAUCAAAGAAAAGAAAUAAAAAGAUAUUGAUUGGUACGCUGGGCAGCGCAGUCAUUGCCCUGCUAGCAGUGCUGUUUGCACGGUCAUUGAAGCAACUCAAAUAACAUAAUUAUUUGUAUAUUAAAGCUUUAGGUUUGAUUCCUUCUGAGUGUUGCCAAAAUACACACCAACUACCUCUUUACACAUAUGUGUGAAUUUACUAUUUACUGAUUAACUGUACAUAUCAAAGAUAAUUGUUACUAUUACACUUGUUACGGCACUGCAUAAAUAAAUGUCUAAUAUUGCAAUA